GGAUUUUAAUUACAGUUGACUCUUCGCUUGGUUCGUCUAUAAAUUGGUGGUGCCCGACUACAGAUAAAUCAGUUUGUAAACGAUAUCCGAGUAAAAAAUUGAAUCAGAUAUUAAAAUGAGAAAUAUUUUCGUCAUCGCAUUAGCGGUAGUUCUGUCUGUUCAGAUUGCUUCCGUUACAUCAUCUUCGAUCAAGCGAAGACCGAAGGAAUGUGAGCCGUUGAUUUGUCCGCGAGUCUUCUGCAAAAAUCCAAGACCCACGAUUCAACAAAAUGGUUGUCCAGGCUGCGAUGACUGCCUAACACCGUCAAAGAAAUGUGAACCAUUGAUUUGUCCAGCAAUUUAUUGCGAGAAUCCCAAGCCCACAAUUCAAGAGAACGGCUGUCCAGGUUGCGAUGACUGUUCGUCACAACCAGCGGAUUGUGAACCAUUGAUGUGUCCAGCAAUUUAUUGCGAGAAUCCCAAACCUACAAUUCAAGAGAAUGGAUGCCCGGGAUGCGAUGACUGUUCGUCACAACCAACGGAUUGUGAACCAUUGAUGUGUCCAGCUGUUUAUUGCGAGAAUCCCAAGCCCACAAUUCAAGAGAACGGAUGCCCGGGUUGCGAUGACUGCCUCACACCACCAACGGAAUGUGGUCCAUUGAUGUGUCCAGCUGUUUACUGCGAAAAUCCCAAACCCACAAUCCAAGAGAAUGGAUGUCCAGGCUGCGAUGACUGUAUAACUCCACCAGCAGAAUGUGGUCCAUUGAUGUGUCCAGCUGUUUAUUGCGAAAAUCCCAAACCCACAAUCCAAGAGAACGGAUGUCCAGGCUGCGAUGACUGUAUAACACCACCAGCAGAAUGUGAACCAUUGAUGUGUCCAGAAGUUUUUUGCGAAAAUCCGAAACCCACAAUUCAAGAAAAUGGAUGUCCGGGUUGCGAUGACUGCCUUUCACCACCCGCCGAAUGUGAACCAUUGAUGUGUCCAGAAGUUUAUUGCGAAAAUCCAAAACCAACAAUUCAAGAGAACGGUUGUCCAGGUUGCAGUGAUUGUUUAUCACCACCAGCAGAAUGUGGACCAUUGGUUUGUCCAUUAAUUUAUUGUGAGAAUUCAACACCAACGAUUCAAGAGAACGGGUGCCCAGGAUGCAAUGUUUGCUUUUAUUGAUAGUACUUAGUCAAUUCGAUUUUAAAAAAAAAGGCUGUUCUUGCACUUAGCUCGACCUAGCACCUACGUGAUUCAAUUAACUAAAAUUCCAGUAAGUAAAAUAAUUUUCGUAAAUAAAUUAGUCUUUGCAUUCAGUUUACAAAA